CCACCCUCGCUCCCUCACGUCAGAGAGCAGGUCGUCCCUUUCCAUUGCUCCAUGUGCUUUAUCUUCCCGACCACGGGACGUUGCAAGGGGAAGUGAAGUUGCAAUUCCCCCCUCGCUCUUAGCUUUGUAUGUGAUUUGACCUCUGCUUGUGUUCUCCCCCUAAAACAAGACGAUUGCUUGGUGUAGCUGCAUCGGGGAGAAGCACGGGAAACUAGGAGGCUCGAUGACGACGAAAGAAGACAACAUUAUAACAGAUGAAAUGGCGAACCCAUCUCCGGCAAAGAGCAUUGGCGACCCUGGAAUCACACCGCUGUCUCCUACACAUAUUCAGAAUGACGCCGAGCAGGUUCCGUCGGGAAUGGCCUUUGCGGUGGUGGUGGUGGUGGCCAUUGACUUUGGCACAACGUCCAGCGGCUACGCUUACGCCUUCACUAAGGAGCCCGAGUGCAUUCACACCAUGAGGCGAUGGGAGGGUGGUGAUCCUGGAGUGUCCAACCAGAAGACACCAACCACAAUCUUGCUGACCCCAGACAGAAAGUUUCACAGUUUUGGCUACGCAGCCCGUGACUUUUACCAUGACCUGGAGCCCAGUGAGUCCAAGCACUGGCUCUACCUGGAGAAAUUCAAAAUGAAACUCCAUACCACAGCGAAUCUGUCCGUCAACACAGAUCUCCAGGCAGCCAACGGGAAGCGCGUGAAAGCUUUGGACAUCUUUGCCUAUGCGCUGGCUUUCUUUAAGGAGCAAGCGCUCAAGGAACUGAGCGACCAGACAGGUGGCGACUUUGACAAUAAUGAUGUCCGAUGGGUCAUCACCGUUCCUGCCAUCUGGAAAAUGCCUGCAAAGCAAUUCAUGAGGGAAGCUGCUUAUAAGUCCGGUCUGGUGCCCCGUGACAACCCGGAGCAACUGAUCAUUGCCCUGGAACCCGAGGCGGCGUCCAUCUACUGCCGGAAGCUCCGCCUUCACCAGAUGGUGGAUUUGAGUAACCACACCGCCGCUCCGAACGGCUGCAGUCCCACAGACAAUGUUGCCAGUACAAUGACCCAAGCUUCUCCGGGCCACGCAGCCAACAAGGAGCAUGUUCGGCGCAACCGGCAAAGUCGCACCUUCUUGGUGGAAAAUGUCAUAGGGGAGAUUUGGUCGGAGCUGGAAGAAGGUGACCGAUAUGUGGUGGUGGACUGUGGAGGCGGGACAGUGGACCUGACUGUCCAUCAGAUCCGUCUCCCAGAAGGACAUCUGAAAGAGCUGUACAAAGCUUCUGGCGGACCGUACGGCUCUCUGGGGAUCGACUAUGAAUUUGAGAAGCUGCUGUGUCAGAUCUUUGGCCAGGACUUCAUUGACCAGUUCAAAAUCAAGCGGCCAGCCGCUUGGGUGGACCUCAUGAUUGCCUUUGAAUCACGGAAGCGGGCGGCGGCACCGGGCAGGGCCAACCCGCUCAAUAUUAACUUGCCCUUCUCCUUCAUCGACUACUACAAGAAGUUCAGGGGCCACAGUGUGGAACAUGCGCUGCGCAAAAGCAAUGUGGAUUUUGUUAAAUGGUCAUCGCAGGGCAUGCUGAGGAUGAGUCCCGAGGCCAUGAAUUCCCUUUUCAAGCCCACCGUCGACCACAUCAUUCAACAUCUCAAUGAGCUCUUUGAGAAACCCGAGGUGAGCGACAUCAAGUUCCUUUUCCUAGUGGGAGGUUUCGCCGAGUCGGCUCUGCUGCAGCAGGCCGUCCAGAACAUGCUUCAGGGCCGCAGUCGCAUAAUUAUCCCCCACGAUGUCGGUCUGACCAUCCUGAAGGGCGCCGUGCUGUUCGGUUUAGACCCCAGCAUCAUCAAAGUCCGCCGCUCGCCACUUACCUACGGCGUGGGCGUCCUCAAUCGUUUUGUGGAGGGCAAGCAUCCUCCCGACAAGCUGCUGGUGAAGGACGGCACGCGCUGGUGCACGGACGUUUUCGACACCUUCAUCGCCGCCGACCAGUCGGUCGCGCUGGGCGAGAUGGUCAAGCGUAGCUACACGCCGGCCAAGCCCUCGCAGCAAAUUAUCGUCAUCCACGUCUACUGCGCCGAGAAGGAGAAGGUGGCCUUCAUCAGCGAGUCCGGCGUCAAGAAGUGCGGCUCUCUACGCUUAGACGUGAGCGGCACGGAAAGCGCCGCCCCGCGCCGCGAGAUCCAGACGCUCAUGCAGUUUGGCGACACCGAGAUUCGGGCCGUGGCGGUGGACGUGUCCACCGGGCGCACAGUCAAGGCCAGUAUUGACUUCCUCAGCCAUUAAGGAAGGAGGCAGAAAAUGGCCACGUCCGUCGUACAUGUACUAAAUUGAGGCUUCCAGACUUUUGGCCCUACCCGUAUAGUCAUAGCAAUUCAGGCCAGUCGUUUAAGCAAUUUCAAUGUACUCUUUAUGCCUGAUCUCUUAUUAGCCGACGCAACAUGUCAAAGACA